GCAAUACAUGUGCGUGUAAAUUGUUCGAAGUUCGACUCUUAUCCGCAGGCGUCGUUACGCUGCUUUUCUCGACGUUCAAAUCGUCAGUAAAAAUCCAAUAUCUGUUCCCCUUUUUGAAAGUUAUGCUGUAUGCUCCAUUGAAACAGUUCCAGACUAAAUGAUGAUUGACUCCCACUAAUGUUGGAUGAGAUCUUCCCACUGCUUUUCAAAGUCUGCCGAAAGCCACAAUUUGAAGCACUGCAAUGACAGCACCACGUCGGCCAUGAUAGAAAGCUCAGAGGAGGAGCACCCAAUCAGGAGGAUCCAGGAGGAUCACCAUCAUCUCUGCGACAUCUCCAUCAAAAAGACGGACAAAGGGCAGCAUGCUGCAAAGCAAGCUGCAGCAUGGAAGGAGGUGAUAGUGUCCCUCACAGCAGGAGCAGUGGCUGGUGCCACUGCCAAGACGGCCAUCGCGCCCCUGGAUCGCACAAAGAUUCUAUUCCAGACCUCUGAUAUGCACUUCAGCCCCCGCAAGGCUCUAAACGUCAUCCUCAAGGUAUACCACAGUGAGGGACUUGUUGCACUAUGGCGUGGGAACUCGGCCACAAUGGCACGCAUAAUCCCCUAUGCUGCCAUUCAGUACGCUUCCCAUGAGCAGUAUAAGAUUUUGCUAAAUCCCAGCAAAGCACCGAGUUUGCAGCCAUUCCCAAGAUUUCUUGCAGGGUCAUUAGCCGGGGUUACCGCAUCGACGCUAACAUACCCUCUUGACUGCGUUCGGGCCCGCAUGGCUGUCACUAACCGCCAAAGCCACAAGUCCAUGGGCAGCAUCAUUAGCCUGACACUUCGAAAGGAAGGGUUCUUGAGCUUCUACCGAGGUUACCUACCAACAGUAUUAGGGGUUAUCCCCUAUGGAGGGAUUAGUUUCUUCAUAUUUGAGACCUUCAAAAAGAAGCAUCGAGAGUUGACCGGCAAGUCGCACCCAUCGUCACCCCAGAACAUGGCGUUCGGAGCCGUGGCAGGCCUCGUGGGCCAGUCAGCCUCCUACCCGCUAGACGUAGUCCGACGACGCAUGCAGACUGCCGGGCUCACCAAAUACACCUAUGACACCAUCAUCAACACAGCCAGGGACAUUUAUCACGAGGGGGGCGUAGUGCGAGGACUCUACAAAGGACUGAGCAUGAACUGGGUCAAGGGACCCAUCGCAGUCGGGAUCAGCUUCACCACGUACGAGCUGGCCCGUAGGUUCCUCCAACGAACGGUGCUUCACGAUGACGUCGGGUAAUGGCACGUACUUGACAUGGCAUUAGUUAAGCACUCACGUGUGUAUAAACAAUUUUUUCUUCUAAUUGGCUGAUUUUCACAGCUGUACCUCAGGGUCUGAAUAUGCUCACUGGACAGUGGGUAAUGACAAUUUUGUGUGAAACUCCAUCACUGAUGUUGCAAGUUUGAAAGACGGAUAGAUGUUGACUGCUUUGAAUGGUGCAUAUAAAGCUUGUGUCCUGAAGGGAUCAGUUGAGCAGUUUAAUUUCACGAAUUAAGGGCGAGAGAAGAUGGAGCACUCAAUGGAUUUGCUUCAGCAAAAUGAAAAGCUCAACGGAUCACCAAGGGAGAUUAGAUUCACCGUAUCACAACUUAAAGCAGUCGGUAGUUGAUUUAUAUCUCGUCCCCCUAGGCUAUAGUCAAGCCCCAUCACAAAUCAUUCGGCAGGUUCAGUCACAGGUAACAAGGUGAACAGUGAUAAAGGAGUGCUUUUGUGACAGUUCAGUCGCACAGCUUGUGACUUGAUGGCCUGUGUUGGGCUUGCAGGGACUUGUGACUGACCCAACAAGAAACCUACACCAGUCUCAGAUUCUACACAGCGUUAGAAACACCAUAUAUCAAUUCAGUGUCAAUACCUCUAUUUUUAAUUGGACAUUGAUUUAAAAAAAAAAAGAUGCCAUGUGAUGCAACCUUAGUCAUCUUAAUGACUGUACUUGUUUAUGGGAUGUAAUAAAAUCAUUUUAACCAUUCUUACUGGAGGGCAAAAAGCCAUUUUCACAUGAGUUUUCUUGAAUUCUCAUCAAUACUGGAUGUCAUGGUCCCCUGGUGCUUUACUUUGACUUGAAAAAUAGCAGACCACAUCAUUUUAUGCUGCAUGUACAUUUCCUGAAAUACAGGGGAGUCCAGAAAACGUUAACUUCACUGCAUUGAGAAUGGGAGGGGGAUGUACACAUGGCCAUCUUGCCUGUUUAACUCACAACACGCACGGAGCCCCUGACAAAGCUGUGAUCUGGUCAUUAACUAGUUAAAGAUUCAAGUUGCAAGGAACAGGGGAUGAGGAACAAGCAAAGACUGAAAGGACAAUCCUUAGAGUUCAUCUGACAAGCUUGUAUCAUAAGGCCAGGUGAUUUGUGACGAAUCGGUGCUCAAUAUGUGACGAUUUGCAUUAUAAAGUUGAUGACAACUUUGUCCAUGGGUGACUUGUUCUCUCGGGAUGUUCUUUUUCACAUCGGAAUCUAGUUGAGCAGAGAGGUGGCACUUUUUUAUUCAUUUUAGUACAGCUUUUACCACUGCCCCUUGAAGCUACCUUUUUCUUACACUAAAGCCUAAUCCAACAGCUUGCAUUUUUAGACAUGUAUCUCUGAUUUACCUCUAGCAACAAUGCUAGUCACAAUCUGAUGAAUGCUUAUAAAGAAGAUUCUAACCAGUCUGCUAAUUUCGAAGGAAAGGCAAGUUGUAGUUCACAUGAAUUCCCCCCCAAAAAUCAGAGCAUAUUUGGGUUUUAAUGCACAAUGUAAUAAAUAGAAUUGACAGAAAUGAAACCAAAAAAUACAACAUAGCAUGCGAAUAAGCCAUCACUAACUGACCACUUUAUGAACAAUUACUUAAAACGAAUGGCAUAGACCUUCAACUUUGGAUUGGUUCAAAAUUACUCUCUUAUCUGAAAAACGAAUUUGAAUUAUGCCCGAAUUCUAAUAUUAAGCACAGCUUUCACGGCAGGGUGCAAAUUUCCUUUUGGCCAGAAAUAUCUAUAAAAGAAAUCGUAGGAUUGGGCGGAAAAUCAGUAUUAAGCAAAUGAUGUACAAAGAUGGGAGUAUAAUUAGAUGCUUGGAAGAAAUUCUAUUUGCAAUAUUGCUGAUGUUGAUCACAAGACGAGUAUUACCCUUGCAGAGAAAUAAAAAUGAUCGAACUUGGUGGGGGUUUAACAAUAGUUUUUAACAUUUGUUGUUAAUGGAAGGCAGUGUGAUUUUGUUUAAAUUGUGACGUCCCUUCCUUUCGCAGUGGAGUUUCGGGAGUGGCAGAAAUCGCCUUGUAUAUCUUCCCAUGAUAAUCUUCAAGAUUUCUUUAAAAGCUAAAUUAAAAUUUGACUGCAAAGACCAGGGCGUCCAGAGGAACCUAGACGCAGACUAAAUACACCGACACACCGGGCAGGUGUUCAAUUGGUGCACUGAUGGUACGGGUUCCGGUGUAGCGUGAAUUCCAGCCCCUCUGAAAUGCAGCCUAGAAUGACUGCCGCAGCCCAGGAAAUGGGGGGGGGGCGCUGGAAGUAAGAAAAAAGAUUUCAUGGAUACGAAGGCCCUGUAGAACCAUCAAGUUAUACAUUUUCAAAAAGUGAAGUGUAUUUUUUCCGAUUUCAUUUUUACGAGAUGUGAUUAAUAAUAUUGUUUAUUUUUUAAAUACAUGCAAUCGUUAUUACGAGAUAUCUUUUUCCUGCAGAAGCGUAUCACCACCAGCUUUAAAUAACUUGAAAUCGUGUAGACGACUUCUUGAAAACACUUUUCCUAUUUAACGAGAUAGUCGUUUAAACGAGAUAAGUCGUUGAAACGAUACAAGUCGUUUCAACGUUGGCAGUGAUAUGCUUCUGUGUGGAAAAAUAGAUCUCGUAAAAAAGAAUUGGAAAAUAAUUAUCUUGUAAAAAUGAGCGCUGGAAAAAAAUCCAGUGACAACGAAUUUAGGGGGGGUGAUAUCCUGUAAAACCCAACACUUCACUUAGUAUCGAAACUGUACGGUUCAUGGCAGUGGGCUUUCGUACAAUGACGUCCAAACUUCGUCUAAAACGGCUUGAUAUCCUUCAGUAAAUCUUUGGCUUUCGGAGUAAGCUUGUUUUCCUGUGCGAUGUACAUGUACAUUUACGGACUGUACGGUGCGAGGACAUUUCGGUCUUCAUGCAUGGUAAUUAUAGCCUGGAAGAUCUGUUGAUCCGUUGAUCAUUUCGCGAGUGUUCACUGUUUUGCGUAAAAGUUGUUUCAUUUUUAGGGCUUUCAGUGUCUGAAAGCAUUACAGUAGCCUUUUGCUUUAGAACAAAGUGCUGUUCGCGGAAAGGUAAUGGAAUGGUAUAUUUUCACCAAAUGCGAAGCCUAUAGGCUUUAGUCAAGUCGUGCGUGGCACACCGUGUUCUUACAUUUAUCACAAAAAGCGCGUGGUGGUUUGUGUUACCCUGUAGCAUCUGGGAUGCAACCUGCGCCUUGACUUGUAGGCUAUGCAAAUCAGGCGCGUAGCCCCAGGCUCGGUGGUCCCGUUACACAUUUUUCUCCGGUUUUUACCCGAAAGAUUGAUUGAGUUUUCCUGGGUGAGGAUUUUACCGUGCUGUGAUGCAUGCUUCGGCCGAAUGUUUUCCUUAUAAGUUAUCCUCAAUCGCAAGACAACAAACAUUGCCGUUUCUGCCUUUCUCGUAUUAGAUUUACAUCCGUAGCCAUUUGAUUUGGACCUGUUAUCUGGAUGUUGCAUGGGGCAUUUACUUGGUAUAUAAAGAAAACUGUGAAUUAAUUACCAAGUGUCUUUGGAAUGAAAUGAAAUAAAAUUAGGUGAAAAAAUGUUUUGUAACUACA